UAAAUUUAUAUUAAAUAAUGUUUAAAUGUUUUAGUUGUUUUUAAAGUUUAACAUGUUGAUUUAUAUAAACUAUUCAAGUAUUUAAUAGUGUAAUUUGGGAUAUUUUUAUCAGUGCAUAUUUGCCAUAUUAUACAGUUUUCUAAUUCUUUGAAAAUGGGUGUUAAAAAUCUGUGGCCACUCUUGUCACCAGUUGCUGAAAAAGUACCACUUUGGGAGUUGCAAAACAAAAUCGUAGCAAUAGACUUAAGUGGCUGGGUCUGUGAUAGUGAAAAUUUUAAUUCGAACAUAAGCCAAAAAAAUAUGUAUUUGAGGAACUUAUUUUUUCGUACUAGUAGUUUAUUAUUGCUUGGUACUAUACCAAUAUUUAUUUUGGAAGGAGAAGCACCAUUAUUGAAACAAGAUAUAAUAGAAAAGCGUUUAAAUAAUAAUAAUAAAGCUCUGACAAAAAAUAAUGUUAUUGUUCGCAGACGCCUAAAUUCAUUACAAAAACAAUGUGAAUUAUUAUUAAAUAUUAUGGGAGUAACUUGUGUUUACAGUUCUGGAGAAGCAGAACAGCUAUGUGCUAUACUCAAUAAAAAUGGGAUUGUUGAUGGAAUCAUAACUCAAGAUAGUGAUUGUUUUCUUUAUGGUGCUCGUGUUAUCUACAGAAACUUUAAUGCAUCUGGAAAUGGUUCUAUUGAAGUUUAUCGCUUUGAAUCUAUUGAAAAAAAAUUAAAAAUUGGACGAAACAAAAUGAUAGCUCUAUCAUUGCUAUGUGGUUGUGAUUAUGAUGAAAAAGGUGUAAUUGGUAUUGGUAAAGAAACAGCCAUAAAUUUUCUUCAGACACUAGAUGAUAGUGUUGUCCUUGAUCGUAUGAGAAAUUGGAGGAGCAAUUUGAUCUUAAAUGCUGCAGAGAAAGAUAUUAAAUCACAGACAAAUGAAAUUAAAUUAGAAUUAAAAAUUAGAAAAAAAGCUUUACAAAAUAAAAAUUUUCCUUCGGAAGCAAUUAUUGAUGAAUUUCUUAAAGUACCUAAGUAUCCAGAAGUAUCUUCUAAGUGGACGCAACCAGAUAUAAAUGCUUUUAUUAAAUUUUCUUCAGAUAAAUUGUGUUGGGAAAAAGAAUAUGCUAUUGAAAAAUUUUUACCAUUGCUUACUAGAUGGCAUUUAAUGUAUGAUAAUAAUUUCCAAGCUAAUGUUUUAAUGAAUGAAAUUGUCAAAAAACGAGUCAAUAAAGGAAUAAAAUGUUAUGAAAUAAAAUGGAAUAAUUAUGAAACAACAACAACUGAACCUCAAACAGCUGUCCUAUUAAGAUAUCCAAUAAAAGUUUCAAUUUAUGAAGAAAGAUUUUCAAACAAAACACAGAAAAGGACAACAUAUAACAAUAAUCUAAUGGAUUUGACUAAUAAAUUAUCUUCUAUGAAAAUUUCCAAAAAACUUAUCAAAUCUAAGACAAAUAAUGUUCUAAGAGAUGAAUUAAUAACCAAAGGCUCUUUGAAUACAUUUUUAAAUGAGAAAAAAUGUCAAGAAGAUAGUUUAACAUUGUCUGACUUUGAGUGUGAUGGCAAUAACUUAAAUUUGUCUGAUGUUGUAAAUGAAAUUAUUGGUUGAAACAUAAAUGCCUAUUUAAAAUUUGA